AUGGCCGUCAUUUGUGUUCUGGUCGCACUGGUGCUGUGCGUUUCUGCCGGAGGCGAUGUGCUGGAGUACACUGACGCUAACUUCGACGACCUGAUCAAGUCACAUGAGGUCGCCCUCGUCAAAUUCUACGCUCCCUGGUGUGGCCACUGCAAAAGGAUGGCACCGGAGUUCGACAAAGCUGCAACCAAACUGAAGGAGAACGAUCCUCCGGUCACUCUUAUUAAGGUCGACUGCACCGUAGAGAAGACCACGUGUGACAGAUUUGGUGUGAAGGGAUUUCCGACCUUAAAGAUCUUUCGCAACGGAGUAGAAUCCCAAGCGUAUGAUGGGCCCCGUGAAGCUGAUGGCAUCAUCAAGUAUAUGCGUGGACAAGCUGGUCCUUCUUCCAAAGAACUUAAAUCGCUUUCCGAAUUCAAGAAGUUCAUAGGAGGAGACGAAAGUGCCGUUGUUGGCUUCUUUGAGAAUGAGAGCAAGCUGAAAGAUUCAUUCCUGAAAGUCGCUGACACCGAAAGGGAUCGCUUUCAGUUCGCGUACACUUCCGAUAGCUCUAUACUCAAGGAAACAGGAUAUACAGAUGAUAUCGUGGUAUUCACGCCGAAACAACUUCAAAACAAGUUUGAUCCCAAAGAAUUCAAAUAUGAUGGGAAUUAUGAUACGGACAAAAUCAAGAAGUUUCUCGUUCAUGAAACUGUUGGAAUGGCUGGAAUUCGCACCCAAAGCAAUCUGUUCCAGUUUGAGCAAAGACCUCUUGUAAUUGUUUAUUACAAUGUAGACUACCUGAAAGAUCCGAAAGGUUCUAAUUAUUGGCGCAAUCGUGUUUUGAAGGUAGCUCAGGAUUACAAGCGUAAGGUUCAUUUUGCUGUAUCAAACAAGGAGGAAUUCUCAUCUGAAGUUGAUCAGAAUGGACUUGCUAUGCGUAAAGAUUCUGACAAACCUAUCGUUGCCGCUUUAACAGAUGAGGGCAAAUUCCCAAUGGAUGACGAGUUCAGCGUAGAAAAUCUUAAAGCAUUUGUUGAAAACUUACUUGCUCGCAAGCUGGAGCCGUACAUGAAGUCGGAGCCAAUUCCCGACAACACUGGAGUCCUUAAGGUUGCAGUGGCGAAAAAUUUCAAGGAAUUAGUGAUGAACUCCAAGCAGGAUGCGCUCAUAGAAUUCUAUGCUCCAUGGUGUGGGCACUGCAAGGCGUUGGCCCCGAAGUACGAGGAACUUGCAGAGAAGCUGGCAGACGAAGAUGUCCUCAUCGUAAAGAUGGAUGCUACGGCCAACGAUGUACCACCUCUAUUCGAAGUCAGAGGAUUUCCUACAAUAUAUUGGUUACCGAAAGGGAAUAAGGAGUCUCCACUCCCCUACAAUGGUGGUCGCGAAGUGGAUGAUUUCAUUUCCUUCAUCGCUAAGCAUUCAACCGAUGGCCUCAAGGGAUAUUCACGUGAUGGAAAGAAGAAAAAGACAGAGUUGUAG